AUGGACUCGCCUGAAGAGACCUCCUCCUCAGCCGGCGACGGCGGAGAUGUUCGCCGGCGAAGGACUUGCACAGACGGAUGCGGCCGCCCUAUAAACGUGUGCCUCUGCCACGCCCUCCCUUCAGCUCCCGUCCACACGGCCACGCAGGUUGUCAUCCUCCACCACCCCCACGAGCGCCGCCACAAGCUCGCCACCGUCCCCAUCCUUGCCAAAUGCCUCCGGAACUGUGAGAUCAUUGUCGGACGCAAGCUGAAAUACGGGCAAUCGGAGCUUCUGGAUUCUCUCCACGAUCAAGCAACAGAAAACCCUAAUUUGCCUCUCCCUCGAGCUGUUUAUCUCUUCCCUGGUCCAGAUGCACUGCCAUUUGGAGAAGUCAGUCGUAUGCAUUCCUCUCUCGAUGAUGCAGGCAGGGGGGGUCUUGUUCUAAUUGUUUUCGAUGGAACUUGGAAGCAUGCCAAGGAAAUGCUGGUUGCAAGUUUAUCGUUUAUAUCCAAGUUUGCUGUGCCAGUUUGUUUAGAUUUUGAUGCUGCAGCAGAUGGUGGCACUAUUUUUGACUCGGAGUUGAUUCUAAGGAAAGAGCCGUUUGCUGGGUGUGUGAGCACAAUGGAGGCGGUUGCCAGGUGUUUACAUGUACUUGAGCCUGAUGGCCCUGAUAUUGCGUCAAGGAUCAUUGAAGUUUUAAGAGCUAUGUUCUGGUCUAGCCAUCUUUGUUGUCUCCAUGCUCUGGUACACUGCCUCAGCAGCUUGCCACUGCUGCCAACACGAGGAAGUCAAGAUAACGAGCUGAGAUGGCUCGUUUUAGGACGUCUUGUUGCAUUUUUGUGUUGGAGUUCUUGUAAAACUGGCUUUGGAAGGAAAUGUGGAUCAAUAGAUGGAUUGAUUUCUUGUAGCAAUAUCUGCUCCCCCGGAACCAACUGCGCUAAGCCCCUGCGGCCGAUGGAUUGAUUUCUUGAAUUACAUUUGGUGAAGAUUUAAGCACUAGUACUAGUUUUUAUUGAUGCACUAGAUAGUAGAUUUCUAAUUAGCUGACCAUGUUUCUUAUCUGUUUUAUGUAUUUUUCUUGUAUUAGAUGUU